CACCAUACACGUGAUAUGCAGGUGCAACGUAUCUGGACAUUCUACCUUGACGAGAUUAAAGGCCUCCCCUCUCUUCCCAAAUCGAAGACUUCUACUUUACCACAAUAUUAUUGCUCUCAGCAUUUUCGGAGGAGAUUAACCUGGAAUUUCCCAUCUUUCCCUCCGGCCAUGUCCACCGACGAAGAGCUCGUUCCCAAUCACCAUGACGCCACUCAGAAGACCCAGCAGCCUUUGCAGGUUGCAAAGCGCUUGGAGAAGUUCAAAACAACAAUCUUCACCCAAAUGAGUAUGCUUGCCAACAAACAUGGGGCCAUAAACCUUGGUCAGGGAUUUCCCAACUUCGAUGGCCCAGAUUUUGUAAAGGAAGCUGCAAUUCAGGCCAUAAGGGAUGGGAAAAAUCAGUACGCCCGAGGUUCUGGAGUUCCUGACCUGAACUUGGCCAUUGCAAAUAGAUUUAAGAAAGAUACUGGGCUCACAGUGGACCCUGAGAGGGAAGUUACUGUUACCACUGGAUGCACAGAAGCAAUUGCCGCAACCAUGCUGGGAUUAAUAAAUCCCGGGGAUGAGGUUGUCCUGUUUGCUCCUUUUUAUGAUUCUUAUGAGGCCACACUUUCCAUGGCUGGUGCCAAAAUAAAAUGCAUCACUUUGCACCCUCCGGACUUUGCUGUCCUUGUUGAAGAACUGAGGUCUACCAUCUCAAAAAGUACUCGUGCCAUUCUCAUAAAUACACCUCACAACCCAACUGGAAAAAUGUUCACACAAGAGGAGCUCAAUGCUAUAGCAUCUCUAUGCAUUGAGAACGAUGUUCUGGCUUUUGCUGAUGAAGUUUAUGAUAAGUUAUCUUUUGAUAUGGAUCACACUUCCAUAGCUUCUCUUCCUGGAAUGUUCGAAAGGACUGUUACUAUGAAUUCUUUGGGAAAGACAUUCUCGUUAACAGGGUGGAAGGUCGGAUGGGCUAUAGCACCCCCACACUUGACAUGGGGUCUGCGACAAGCACACUCUUUCCUCACGUUUGCCACCUGCACUCCCAUGCAGUGGGCAAGUGCAGUGGCUCUUCGAGCGCCAGAUUCUUACUUCGUGGAACUCAAGAGGGAUUAUAUGGCAAAGAGGGAGAUUUUGGUGGAAGGAUUGAAGGCUGUUGGUUUUAAGGUGUUCCCAUCCAGUGGAACUUACUUUGUUGUAGUGGAUCACACACCUUUUGGACUAGAAAAUGAUGUCCAAUUUUGUGAAUAUCUAAUUAAGGAGGUGGGAGUGGUGGCAAUUCCUACCAGUGUAUUUUACUUGAAUCCGGAGGAGGGAAAGAAUCUGGUCAGAUUUACUUUCUGCAAGGAUGAAGACACUUUAAGGGCUGCAGUUGAAAGAAUGAAAGGAAGACUGAAAAGAAAAUGAUGCAGAUAAGUCAUGGGAUGGAUGUUUAUGUUGCAGCACGGAAAAUAUUGUGUCAGGGGCAGUUUUCUCCUCUGGGAGCCUUUAUAGUAGGAUAGUAGUAACUUCUGUAGGCUUGAAGUGAGAACCAGCAGAUGCUCAGGAGUCCUAGUGAUUAUUAUCAAGUGCUUUUCAUAAUUCCUCGCAUUUUAUCGAGAAAGAUACCCCUGCUCCCUAGCAUCUUAUUUCUUGCUGGUGACAAAUGAAGGAUAGGAAUGAUAUAUAUAAUAAUCAAUAAUAACCAGGAUCAUGAAUUCAUGAGGAGGAAUCACGAACUCUUUUCAGUUAAGGUUCAAGUUUCUUCUUGUUGACAGUUA